GUUGUCAUAACGUUCGAUCUACCCAAUAAUGUUCAGAAUUAUGUUAAAUUCUAAGAUUUCUUUUUAUUAUUCAUAGUUUUUGUAUUGUAUUGUAUUCAUAAUUUAUUAUGUUGAAAAUUAGUUUGGAUAAUCUCUCUGCUGAAUAUUACAGAAUAUAAGUUUUUACUUUGUUAUGAUUAUGGAAAAUGUUAACAAUAGUUCUGGUAUGAAUACUGAGUCAAAUACUCAUGACGUUUUAGACAGUGAUCAAAUUACCAAUGAUGAAAGUUGGAAAAAUAAAAGCAGACAUAUAUUUAUCUUUAGUUCUGCAGGAAAACCUGUUUAUUCAAGGUAUGGUUGUGAAGACGAAUUAGUGACACUUUUUGGUGUUAUGCAAGCAUUAGUCUCAUUUGUACAAGAUAAUGAUGAUGCGAUUGAAGCAAUUUUUUUUGGAAAUAAAUUACUAGUUUUUUUAAUAAAAGGGCCAAUAAUUUUGGUUGCUGUUUCUCGUAACAAAGAAAGUGUCAAGUUUUUGGUCAAACAGUUAAUGUAUGUGUACAACCAAGUUGUGAGUGUUCUAACUCUUACUAGAGUUACUAGAAUUUUCGAACAGAGGCUUAAUUAUGAUCUUCGUAGACUUUUGGCUGGGUCUGAAAGACUAAUUGAUCAUUUAUUAACUUUUACGGAAAACCAACCUGAGUUUCUAUUAGAUGGCAUUUCUUGCCUGCCAUUAAGUUCAGCUGUGAGAGAAUCAAUAUCUCAGGCGAUUAUUUCUACAUGUUCCAAGAUUAAGAAUCUUGUGUUCGCUAUACUGAUUGCAAAUGAUAAGCUCAUUACUUUAAUUCAUAUGAAAAAGUAUGUUAUCAAACCAUCAGAUCUACACUUGAUUAUCAAUAUGGUGAGUUCCUUUGAGUCCUUCAAAACAGCUGAAAGCUGGACACCAAUAUGCCUUCCAAACUUCGAUUCCAGUGGGUACCUGCAUGGCCAUGUUUCUUACUUGACUGAAGAAUGUCAGGCUUGUUUGUUGCUUUUGACUGUUGAUGCUGAUCUUUUUCAUGAAUUAUCAGAAGCUAAGAAGAAAAUAACAGAAAAAUUGCAGCGUAACCAAAGCAUUAAUGUCAUCUCUAAUGUGAUUAGCAAUCCUGUCCUUACAAUGAAUAAUGUUAAUAUAUCAACUGUGCGACAUUUUCUGUAUAAAUGUAAGAAAAGUUCACAUAUCUUAGCCCCUCCUAUGCCGCCACCUUAUGAUACUCCUGAAAAUUCUAUUGAACUUCUUCAACACUAUCAGAUAUUGCAUAGUGCUAUGAAAGAUGGAAGCUCUAAUUUGCGGUUAAUAUUUCAGCAAUUUAAAACUGAAGUUAUGUUGGGAUAUGUAACUGAAAAAUUUGAACUUUAUGUUACAUUAGAUCCGUUGAUAUCAAAAGCAUCAAGCACUGAUGCAGUGGAUAAAUUAAUUAGAUGGAUACAAAAAGAAGAAGAUAAAUUUUUUAUUCCCCAUGUGCCAAAUUUUUAAUGCUGAAUUGUAAUAAAAAACAUCUAAUUAUCC